ACAAGCAAGAGGCGUAUGUAACAUACCCAAACUUGGAACAUGUAGUAUGUAAUAUGUAUGUCUACACCGUUGUGAUCUGGGUGGUAACUGCCUACAACAUAAUACCAGGGUGAUCUUUGACAGGACAGGGGUGAUUAUACAUGUAUUACUUCCCCAAGAGGAAGCAGCCAUCUUCAUAUUGUUAAAGAUCAAUUUUAUUGUAAGACAAGAUCAUUUGGAUUACCUUAGCAUCGAAACUUCUUAAUAAUUCACAAUAUCACAACCACCCAGACCAUUCCAACUAAUCUCAGUUCAUUUAAAAUUUAAAUCUAAAUCAUAUUGGAAUACGCGACCCAACCGAUUAUACCAAACCUUGAACCCGAACGAGUCCACCCACUCUUCGCGCCCCCAUGUCUGAUACCGACCCAGUUACCAAUACUGUCCACACGAACGAUGGGACAGAUCACGAUGUUGGCGAAAAAGCACCACCGCGCAAACGUAGAAGGACUGUUAUAAGCUGUACCGAAUGUCAUAGGCGGAAACAGAAGUGCGACCGGAAGAUGCCAUGUACAAAUUGUGUGUCGCGGAAUAAGGAAACGGCAUGUCGAUAUGAGACAGGAACGCCGCUCGCCAAGCCCGAUCGAAAAACCUCCUCCCAGAGUGGCAACGACCGCACCCCCGAAACCAUAGAGACCAUACCUAUCAAGACGGCCGACUUUGGUUACUCCGCUAAUGGAGUCUCGACGCUGGGGAUAUUGCGCAAGAUCGAAGGGGAUGGGGAGUUUUUGGCAAAAAUGCCAUCGGAGAGCUUUGAGGGGGAUAACGUGGGCAUACGCGAGCGAUACAAGACCUUGGUCCGACUAUUGCCUGCCCGCACCUACGUGGACAAGCUAGCCGACAUUUACUUUCGGGAUGUGAACUGGCAGUACUUUACCAUCGACGAGCCCGUAUUUCGAGGACUGAUGGAAAAAUGGUACACCAUGCCGUUCAACAUAUUAUCCAACUCCGGACCGCAAGCUCUAGAUCCCAUGUUAAGGGCGUUUCCAGCUUUACUGUUCCAACUAUUGGCCUCAGCUCUACUAUAUCUACCAGAGGAGUAUGAGGAGAUGUUUGAGCCGUUGAAGUAUACCAGUAAUAUGACGUUCGACGACCUAGCACUUGAGUAUAGUGAAUCUGGUAUCAAUAUAUUAUCACUUUUAGGCAAACGCCAAAUGUCUAUCAUUACCGUAUUGGCUGGCUGGGUAAGGGCCGCUUUCCUCAAAUAUACCGGUAUGGUUACAGAGGCUUGGCAUCAAGUGGGCACCAGUAUUCGAGAUGCGCAAGAGAUAGGUUUGCAUCGUGACCAGAUGGACCCUCAAAUAAGCUUAGAUGAUUCGAUGGAAGAUAAUCUAGAGAAAAUUUGGGUAGCUCAGGGGCGACGGCGAGCCUGGAUGAACCUCCUCGGUUGGGAUCUACACACGGGUGCCGUGCUGGGCAGACCUACUAGCGUGGACCAUCGGCUGAUGAACCGAAGCCUCCCCGUCGACUCCGUCAUCCCCAAAGAUAGGAGGAAGUCGCCUAUAGUGCCGCGCGGCGAGGAUGAUCCCCCAACUCCCUUGACGCGAGCUAUCUGGGCCUGGGAAUCCAUGAGCCCACUGCGCGAUAUACUUGAUCUAGAAAAAGAAGGGCCCUUCCCCAAAGACUUCUCGAAGGUGGGGAAAAUACAUCAAGACUUGCUAGAUCUUCAGGCUCGGACUCCUCCCCCCUUCCGUCUAGAGAACCCGGACACGCGGUUCGACAACCUCCCCGAGUGCUGGUGGCUGCCCUACGCACGCCCCGCCCUGCUGCAAAUCAUGGCCUUCAACUUCAUGGCCCUCCACCGCCCCUACAUCUUCACGCGCCCCGCCAGCCGCAACGAAGCGCUCAAGGCCAGCCUAGACAUGCUCGAGGCGCAGCGGCUCUACUUCGCCAUGCUGAAGCCCCAGCAGCACAAGACUUUUUCGUUGUUCUUCGGCACCUUCGACGCCAUCAUCAUGAUCGCCUCCAUCUACAUCCUGUUCCCCAAAGAACACGUCGAGCUGUUGCCAAAGGUGCGCCAGCACUUCGAGUGGGCGAUCGAGCGCUUCGAGACGAUGGCGAAGAGGAAUAGGCUCGCGCAGGCGGCGCUGGGCGUGCUGCAUGCGAUUUAUGUCCGCUUUAAGAAGGCCGUGGGGUGUGGUUUCUUGAUGGGGAAAGGAGGCGGAGAUUGCGAGGUGGUGGGUGGCUCGGCGACUACGGGAAGCGCUGCUUCGGCUUCGGAUAUGCAGACACCGAAUUCGGUUUCUGUUUCGGUGGUUUCGGAGACUUCGCAGAAUUUAGGGGGUGGUGUAUCGAAUAUGGGGGGUAACUCGUCCACGAAUAAUCUACCAACGACGGCGGAGGAUCAUCAAGGCGGAAGUACGGGGCUAACCCCCGCUUCAGGGGCGGAUACCAGCAAUAUGUUCGCCGGCACGGAUUGGUCCCUGCCCACGGACUUCGACCUCAGCUCCAUCAUGCCCAUCUUCCCCAUGGGCGACAUCGCGUAUAACGAGUUGACCGCCGUACCGACUAAUGGUGUUGGUGGGGUUGGGGAUCCCAUCCCCACGACGACGUGGGGGGAUGCUUUUACGGGUGCUACUACGGCUACAGUGAAUACGAUGGAGGGAGGCCUUGCGGGGACGGGGAUGGCGGGGCUUGUGGGAGGUGGAGGGGAAGGGGAGGAACAGCAGCCGAUGGCUUGGCAGUUUGGUGGCGAGUUUGGGAAUGAUACGUUGUGGAAUAUCUUGAAUCAGUUUCCUACUUAUUAGACAAUUACCUAGAGGAUUGGGGAUCGGGGAAAGCUGGGUGCUUGGCUAGGCGCUUGGUUAGGUACGAGCUACUGGAUAUGUAGGAUCUAGGCACGAGGCUAGGCACGAGGUACUAGGCCAUAUACUAACUAGGUCAGGCACGAGGUAUCUUGGGCACUACACGUAGGAACUAAGCUACUACUACUAUGGAGGUUUGGGUAUUGGUAACUAAAAGCGAUUUGUGAGUUCAUGCCUUGUGUGUUUCUAGGUGGAUGAUGACGAUGAAAGUGACGAUGAUAUCAUAUGAUAGGAUAGGAUAGAAUGGGAUAUGGCAGGAUGGGACAUGACAGAGGAUCGGAUGGGAUUCAAUGACGUAGGGGCGGGAUCGAGUAGGAUGGGACGGGGUAUGUAAAGUAAUACGGGGCAGGAUGAGACGGUGUCGGGUAAGACGGGGUAUGAUGGGGUAUUAUGCGAGAUGUAGGAUGCAAGAUGGAGGAUGUACUGUAAGGUGGAGGCUUGGUGUGGGAUAUAUAUAUAUAGGAUUACCUCGAUGCAUAUCAUCAUGAAGCUACCUAACUAGUACGUGUUCGUACCUAGGUAUAUAUAAAUAUCUAUCAGGUACAUAUGUAUGCAAGAAGCCAAGUUACUACCUACCUAGGUAAGUAACUAAAAGUUCCGGUCGGCUGGUAGGUCACUUUGAUAGGCGGGGUUCUAAGGUUCAAUGGUAUGUAGUUACGCCUGGG